GGACACUUCGAUCGACAAGACCGCCCCGGCUAUUGCUCAAGAUAGUUGACAAGUUUGCAUAGUCACCAACAUGGAGAUUAUUGACUUGUGUUCAGAUAGCGGUGGCACGAGUCUUGACGCUGUCGCAGCUGCCAUUCAAGCGUUGGAGGAAAAGUUCAAGCUCAUACGAGCCAACGAUGAUGCUAUUGUGUUGGACGCUCUCUCAUUCAGCACCCCCAAGAUCAGACUGCUUCACAGCUUGACGGUCGAAAAGAAGAACUCUGUUCAGAUUCUUGUCGAAGUCACCACUUAUGCAAAUGGCAGUUUGGAUGGUGCGUGCAUGAGUUUUGUGCAAGAAGAUUAUUUUGGAAGCACAUCGACUUCUUUCAUUACAGAAUUUUGAACACUAGGAUUCCCAAACGAGAAUUUAGCUUUACUCUGUAUGGUUCCAUAAGGUACAACUUUGGUCUCAUGCAAAGCCAGCUGCGUUUUGCAUAUUCAUUACAGAUUAUUUUGGUGUUUUUUGGCCAGUUGGGUGGGAUUCUGUUGAUAUGGUAGUUUCUCUUACCUGGGGUGCUUUGUUGAUCCUAUUCAUUUUGUUAACAUCUCGUUAUCUUAAGGAGAAAUCUAUUCAUAUCUGUACAAAGUUCCAAUUUCACCAUGUUAGAAAAAAAAAGUCUAUACUUGGCUGUGUAAAGCGUCCAACUUACAGUUUUGACUAUUAAUUUUCAUGAAAGAAAAAGCAAAUCAAAUGACAUUUGUUCAGUAGUAAAUACUUCUAUAGUAAACAUGAAGGGAGUGUAUCAGGCGUCAGGUUUGUUGAUAGCAGAGGAACACUGGUCAAUAACCAAAACUUGAACGGGAAAAGGGCCUGAAUUACAUCAUCCAAGGAGCAUAACUCUAUCAUAUGGAAUUGUAGCCUUUAUCUUGUUUCAUUUUGGUCUGACUUGAUGUGGUGCUAUCAGGUUUUUGCCCCAUACUAGAUGUUUCAUUGAGCAUCUAUAGCAGGUUUCCUCAUAAUGUCCCAGUUCGCUCCUCCAGUUUUCAAUGUGAUGUUUCGUUGCUGGUGUUUGUAACUCCAAAAUAGACCAGAUAUUGUUAUGUUUCUGUUAAGUCAUUAUUAAUGGAAAGGCGGGGGGU